GUGGAGCGGCGAGAGGAUCGCGGAUCACCCAGCUCGCUACGUUCGCGCCGAUCGCGCCUUCGCUCAGUUCGCUCGAAGUCAGUUAGUCGGCAGCAUUCGACGUGUUUGCACGCGCACCGGGCCCCAUACCUCUAUCUCUCGCGCUCCCUACCUGCUGCUGCUGCUUCCACGUGGUCGUGGUCCGACUCAACUCUUACUUACAAAAGUCCAACUCACCGAAUCGCUGAAAACCAAACAUUUUCUCAACAAGAAUUAUUAUUGCCCCUGUUACGUAAACGUUUAAGAAGAUCUAUUUAUGUGUUAAGACGAAGUAUUCAAAGAGAAAAAUACUUAAAAUUCCAAAGAUUAAGUGCGCUAAACGUCACUUACUUACUACUUACCUACAACAACUUACUACCGACCGGAAGUACCUAAAGGGAAGGCCUGAAGAAGAAUGAAUACUGUGAUUAAACAAAUCAAAAGGUGUUUUACCAUCUAUACAGCAUUAUUUAUAACACUGAUUACAUCGCGGUUUGCUCGUGCGAUUCACACGCACUGCGAGCAGGAGCGACUUAUCGAAUGCGCCAAGCCGAUUUCGCUGAUUACUGAAUCCGGCAUGACAUUCGUCUCCAACCGCACGGACCUAGAAAGAGUUUGCCCAGACUUAAAAGGCGCUAUAAGAUGUAUCCACUCCUAUACACGCAUGUGCAUGAGUAUGCACCACCGGAAACACUUCAACAAACUCUUCCAAGGCACCAGCAUGGUGGUGCGCGAAUUAUGCGACAACGCCACCUAUCAAGAGGAGUACCUCAAGUAUGUGCCCUGUAUGAAGCAAGUGGCGGAUAAGAAUCAGGUCUGCUUCGAUCGCUACUCGCAAGCGAUGAAGGAAAUCCAGGGACGGCCGCGAAUUGAUGAAGUCGCCGUCGAGGAUGUGCCCGCUGUCGAUAUGGUUGAAUAUCAACGCAAGAGGAAGCGUCAAAUCGCCGACGAGGGCAUCAAGAAUGUUUGCUGCACCUUCCAAGAAUACGUUGAGUGCUCAACGGAGACAACGGAACGUGCGUGCGGUGCGCCCGCCGCUGAAUUUAGUCGGAACUUCCUCGACAGGAUGUCCUCGGCCAUGAUCAAGAACCACUGCUCGGAGUACAGCUCGGCGCAGUGCGGAUUGGCGUCCGCUUCGAGUUCGGCGUCGCUGUCGGCGAGUUUCUUCGGCAUGCUGACGGCGCUGAUCGCCGCCGGCCUGCGAUACACGCUUAUCAGCUGAAGUGAUUCCGACUGGAAGUUUCCACACCGACGCCACCGCAUGAACAAACUGAACGCGCUCGCCACGUUCGGCUCGACUCAACCAAGACUGAUCUUAGCUUAUUAUAUUCGCGGCGCACGCAUCGAUCCUUCAAAGUGCGCUUUGUUAAUUAAUUCCUAGUGAAGAUUCAAAUAUCUAUUUAUUAAUUUAAAGCAAUUGUAAUAUAUAUUUCGUAGUGCAAAUGUUGUAAUACUAGGGCGCAAUAGGUUGGAAUUUAUUUAUUUCUUAUUUAAACAUGGAAAACGGAAAGGAAAGGAAAAAGAUUGUCUCAAACAUGAAUCUCAUUCAAAACUGAAACACUGUAUCUAAACAAAUAAACUAAUAAAUUUAAAAAAA